UCAAUAAUUAAUUUAUCAUGUUUUUUGAGUUAGACGACAUCAGAAGAAGACAUUCAUUAUAUUUUGAUUGUUAUAAUGCUGGUGUAUGGACAGAUGCUCCAGAAAAGUAAGUAGUCUUUUGAAUAAAUUAGUUCAUUGAGAUGGAAUUAUACUAGAGGAGCAAUAUCAGGAUUAUUGGGAAGUGUUGUUGGUGAAGCAUGGCAUAAUUUUUAUGAGAAUUGGAAAUUAUUGUAUUUAAUAUAUAUAAGUUUAAGGUUACGUAAGUAUGAAUAACCAAAUACUGUCAAAGAAUUGUAUAAUUUUAGUAAAGCAACAGUCAAUCUUGAAAAUUUCAAAAGAUCAAUGGGUACCAGAAUGUAAUUUGCUUUUGCUUCAGGUGGCAUUGAUUGGGCAUUAAGAUUAGCAGCAUUUAGAGCAGUCAAUCAUGGAUGGCAAAGUAAUGUAUUAAUAUAUUGAAUAUAGGAACUUGGGGUACAUUUGAAUAUGGAUUCUUAAGAAAAAUCCCAGGUACUAUGUUCAUUUCACUUCUUACUGCACCAAUUGGAAUUCCUUUUGAAGUUGCUAGAAUGGCUUAUUAUGCUGAUAAAACAUUCCCUAAAGAAUUGUAAAAAGGAUAUACUUCAUUUUUUAAUGCUUUAUGGAGAAUUCCAUUUGAAGAGGGACCAUACUAUUUUUAUAAAAAUUCAUUCCCUCUUUUUGCUAGAAACUUCUUCUAAACAUUAACUCUAUUAUACUCUUUUGAUUGGAUGAAGGAUAAAGUAUUGAUUAUUAUAUUAAGUACAAUAGUUAUCUGUUCUUACAAGAGUAGCAGAAAUUCCAUAUUUCCCAGUUAAAGUUUUAAAUUGUUUCUUAUCUACAUAUUUGGCAAUUUUGACAAGUUACUCCUUAUCUUAAGUGACAAGAGAAAUGGUAGAAUUAUGGCCAAAACCAAAUGGUGUAUGUCCUUAUGAUGGUAAUUAUAGAAAAGCUGCUACUCAUAUUUGGUAAUUGAAAUUAUUAUUAUGUAUAUAGGUAUGCUAGAAAUCUCAAUAAUUAUUUCCCAGGAAUGUUAAGAAAUUAUGCUAGUAGAUAAUUCUUACCAAUGUUUGUGACUCUUUGGUGGGCUGACUCUUUUGGAUUGUUUACUUAUUGGAAAAUAGAUAUGUUUAGUGGAGCAGGAUCAAAUACAUGGGAAGAUUCAUUUUGCUGAAAUUAUUAAUCAAUAUUAAAUUCAAAAUACC